UCACUGGGUGAUGUUGUCUGGUGGGCGGUGGGUGCACCCGGCCAUACAAACAAGCUCCUUGUCCACACCAUGCCGAGCUCAUUUUGGAGAAUCAUUUUUGUUCAUUCGUGCAUAAUAACUGGCUUUUGCUGCUAUUUUAACCCCGAUGGUAAUCCAAACAUACCGGCGAUCGCCAAAUACUUCACCACGAAAGGGAGGUAUGAGGAAGUGAACCCGUAUCUCAUAGAGGACAUACUCGCUGUAAACACAUCCAUCCUGCAGCCUCCGUCCGCACAAUGUCGCCAAAUCCAUCUGACCGCCAUCAUAAGACACGGCACCAGGUACCCGACGAGCAAAAACGUCAAGAAGAUGCAGAAGUUAUACGAUCUGGUCAAGAGCAGCGCCUCGGGCAGAGACCACUGGCUGCGUGAGAUCCAGAGCCAGUGGAGGAUGUGGUACACCGAGGACAUGGACGGACGACUCGUCCAGAAAGGUGUGAACGACCACAAACAUCUGGCCGUCAGGCUGUCAAAGCUGUUCCCCUCACUGGUUUCAGAGGAGAAGCUCAGAGGAGGAUUCAUCAAAUUCAUAACCAGCUCAAAGCACAGGUGUGUCAACAGCACGCUGUCCUUCAAGGCGGGACUGACAGAGCUGUGGGGUAUUACAGAUCAGGAGUUUGACCAUUCAGUGAACGAUGCUCUCAUGAGGUUUUUUGACCAGUGCACCAGGUUUGUGGAGGAAGUUGACAACAACCCAUCAGCUCUGUCAGAGGUGGACAAGUUCAGGCAGGGACCAGAGAUGAGGAGGGUCACGGAGAAGAUCGCAGACCGUCUCAGGGUCCCCUACAGUGACAUCAAUGAUGAUAUGGCCGAGGCUGCCUUUUAUUUGUGUGCCUAUGAGUUUGCCAUCAAGACUGUGAACUCCCCCUGGUGUUGGCUCUUUGACGAGGUUGACGCGAAGGUUAUGGAGUAUGCAAAUGACCUCAAGCAAUUCUGGAAAAGAGCUUACGGUUACGAUAUCAACAGCAAGUCGAGUUGCAUUCUCUUCCACGAUGCAUUUAGUCGACUGAACAAAGCCGCCAGCGAGAACAGGUCAGGGCAGCAGGUGACUGAAGCUGUGACGGUCCAGGUCGGCCAUGCAGAGACCAUCCUGCCACUGCUCACCCUCAUGGGCUUCUUCAAGGACAGCGAUGCCCUGAAUUCCACCAACUACGCCACACAGGCCCAACGCUCCUUCCGCACCAGCCGCAUGUUACCCUAUGCAGCUAACUUACUCCUGGUGCUAUACGACUGCGGGGGCGGCGACCUGAGGCUGCAACCGCUGCUCAACGAGAAGCCUGUGACUUUCCCCGGUUUGACUAGCCAGCAGGCCUCCAUGCCGCUCUAUGAAGACGUCAAAGAUAACUACAGGGAGCUGCUCCAAGGCUGUGACUUCGAGACUGAGUGUCAGCUGUUCAAGAGUCCUGCUUAAAUCCAAACAGACAGGGAAGAUCCUGGAGAAGAGGCAUUACAGUGGCUUUAUUCUCUUGUAUUUGCUAAACAGAACAAAAAUAUGCUCCUGCCAUGUUUUUGUGUGUUUUAUUUGCCCUUUGGCUGAGAAAAGGCAGAUUUGGUGAAAUUUUAUUUCAAAUUCACCAGUACCAUUGCAGUAUUACUACAACUAUAUUGCUUAUUUUUUUUGCAAGGUUUCAUUCCAGAAAUUAAAGAAUUUAUUUUUGCAGUGUGCACAUUUUAAUAUUGCUUCAAGCAAAGUCAGCCACCCUUGGUUUGACAUAGCAUGCGAUUGUGUGGUUAUUAUGAUAGAUGAGAUAAUCUUUGCUGUUCACAGUACAUUACAGAAAAAAAGUCAUUCAAACUUUCUAGUAAAACAUAUUCAGAAGGGUGGUUUCUGGCCAUUUUGAUGUCUGGCUACUCUGAAAUUAAUUAUAUUUUGGUUAAAUUCCACUUUAUUCAACUUCACUCCACUUCUGGUCAUGUCAUAAACAGCACAAAGUGCUUUACAAGCACUAAAGUCCUUAUGUGCCUUAUCCUGUUUUUAAUCCGGAGACGAUAUGUUGUAUGAUUUAAAUGUUUCUUCAUUAUACAUUUUACUUUGAAUGCUACAGUUUAUCUGAAUAAAAAAAUGCAAACUAAUUUAUGAUAUUUUUCAAAGCUGAAUAGU